AAAAAAAUGUAAAUGACAGCUGUAUUUUUUAUCUAGGAGGGACCCACCAGCUCAAAAAUAUCAAGAUAUAAGUGCUUCGUUAUAUUGAGAUCGCUAAAACUACAAAAAACCGCAUAAAAUAGAGUCAUUAUUGUAUUUCUAAUGGCUGAUACAGAACCUACAUCAUCUGAAGCCACAGAUAAUUCGGCUGAAACUGCUUCUGCACCAGAAUCAAUUGUUCCAACUGUAGAACGUACUAUCAGUCGAGACUCCAACUCUUCCUCAACAACUAAGACUAAAAUUGACAUAUUGUUAAAAGCAACUGCAAAUGCUCCAAUUAUGAAACAAAAAAAGUGGGCGGUUGAGGCAGAUAAGCAAUUAGGUUCCAUUAUUAGCUUCAUUAAAAAAUAUUUAAAAUUGGAACCUGAAGAACAAUUGUUUUUGUAUGUGAAUCAAACAUUUGCACCAUCCCCUGAUCAAAUAAUUCGUAAUUUGUAUGAAUGCUUUGGCUCAGAUGGAAAACUUACUCUGCAUUAUUGUAAAUCACAAGCUUGGGGUUGAUCAAGCAAUCAAGAUAUUAUUUCAGAUGUGAUAAUUUUAACAUGUAGAUGGGAUGAUGAUCAAAACUAUUUCUUUUAGUAAUAAAAUUUACUUUGUAAGUGGUAUCACAUUGAACGAUC